AGCGAGCGUCAUCGCUUCUCUGGAGUUGCAAUGAAUCUCUGGCGCUCUUCUGAAUGCGCCAGGGUACACUGCAACUUUAGAAGUGAAUGCAAGCACGGGUUUUCUGAGGAAUGAUGACUUAGAAGACCAUCUCAAAUCAACCCUUAUCAUGGCCAAACCAACAUCCAACGCGCAUAUCCACGCCCUCCGGGCUCUCGCCAAAUGGCCCAAAGAUACUGUUCGACCACAGAUCCAGUUCCAAGAUGUGCUGCGCCGAAGGUUCGAACAGCCGGCUGCGGGUCUAUCAGAGGAUGAACAGUUGAAACAAGCCAAUGCAUUGUAUUCACUGCUGGACAAUCGUUAUAAGAAGAAGUAUCCCAUAACCGGCACAUUGCUGCGACCUAAGAGCAACCCGACCUAUUUCAACGAUUUAGUAACAGAGCUUGAAGAAGCUCCUAACCGGUCCUGGUUUCAGCGAAUGCUGUUGAGGGUCGGAGGUGCUGUGCGGUUACAAUAAGGGGUAUGGACAAACCGCCUCAACUACGGAGGGACAAUAGAACUGGCGCAAAGGAAUGUAGAACCAAGGAAUUCGUCCCGAGUUCGCCUAGUACACCACAUUUUACAUGGCAUA